AACAAUCACCUGUCACUCGUCUCUUGGGAUUCGACUUGAAGAAAAUCUUCACUAUGGCUACUAAGAUGGUAAUCCAGCAGCCGAGGCCAAUUGCAGUGGCACCUGGUUCGGACCAGUGGACCACCAGCAUCUGCGAGUGUGAUAACGUCAACGAAUGCUGUUUCUCGGUGUGGUGCUUUCCUUGCUUCGCCUGCAUCACAGCUCGAGAUCAUGGUGAAUGUCUCUGCCUCCCUCUGCUGGAUAUAUUCGGCCUCAUCCCACCAGCUACUCUGUCUAUGAGGGUAUCAACACGCAAACGCUAUGGCAUUACGGACACUAUUUGCAACGACUGCGUGUAUACUUUCUUCUGCGGCCCAUGCAGCUGGUGUCAAAUCAGACGUGAGAUGAAGGCCAGACUUCAUCCUGUUACACUGCUGAACAACAGGCCAACAGGCUAAACACCCACAUCAUCAUCAUCAUCAUCAUCAAUAAACCCUUAUCCUUACCAUCACCAUUACCGUCAUCAGCAAGUAAAGUCUGCGUCUCUACCUAGCGUUACCUGUGCCUUGUUCCACAACUAAUCUUGAAUGCUUGUGUACCCUGGUGAAAUCUGGAGUAUCGAUCACUGCUUCCUGCCAUACACACUGAUUCAGAAGCUGUUUUCAGUCUGAUAGGGGAGUGGCAUGCUGUCUAAUCGCUGUUCGGCAUCAGCUUGAGGAGUGGUGAGGAAUGCUGCUCACAUAUGAAGACUGAUCAGAUAACACCUAUAACCAUGUACAGAAAUGUAACAUACUAAUACAUUUACUACGGUGAUCUUUAACAUGACCAUUACAAAAUUUAUUCUAAUUUAAAUUUACUACAUUUCACUAGGAUUUUUUGUUUUUUUUCCAUAAUGAUUUUUUAAAUGUAAUGAUGAUUGCAUAGCUACUAUUGUACUGUGUACUCCUACUUUAUGGCAUAUCUGCUUCAUCAUCGUCACUGAAGCAUGUAAGGAACUAAUAACAGAAGUUUGUGUAUAAAGAUUCCAGUGAAAUUUUGCUUUGAAUGAUGUAAAUGUGUGCUUUUGAAAUAAUUAUAUCAAUAAACUUCUCGAAAAA